GUGUUUGGUCACUUUAGGCAGUUGGCACCCCACAGCUCUGAGACAAAUCUUCGCAUAAGAAAACUUUUUGGGGAAUAUGAGCAAAGAGGACAUGAAAUGCCGGCCAGUCUCUUUAAAAUUCACAAUCGAUAACAUUCUGAAAAAAGAUGUUUUUGACGUACAUUGCUCAAAAGCGCAGCCUUCAUCGGACAGCGCUUCUCCAUCCAGAAAGGACAGGAGGCAUCAGUCAGCGCACACAACAUCCGACGAAUCAGUUCGGACGGUCAUCGCAUGUGUUGUCAACUCUCAGAACGAUUCAGACCAUGCUCAAAGAGUGAUUGACAUGUGUCCAAAAACGGAAAGAAUGAGCAGUAUGGAAGAAAACGAAGAACUGAGAAGCACCAAGAAUCCUAAACCAAUGACAACAAAGAAGAAAACGCGUACGAUUUUCUCCAAGAGACAAAUUUUCCAAUUGGAAUCUACGUUUGACAUGAAAAAAUACCUCAGCACCGCCGAACGAGCGUACCUUGCCAACUCUCUUCAACUCACAGAGACGCAAGUGAAAAUAUGGUUUCAGAAUCGUCGGAAUAAAUUAAAGCGGCAGUUAUCUACGGACUGCGACGGAUCCUGCUCACCGGAACCCGUAUCACCCGAUGCUCUAAAGAAUAUGCAGUUACCCAGUUUGUACAGAGAAAAUGUUGGGAACACUGUAUGGAGAGGAUGCGUAUUGCCUGUGCCUUUUCCUGUGGUGUAUAAUGGAAACACGUCCCCAUAUUUGUACCUUUCCAAAGCAAAUAACUAUUUUAGGAUUUUCGAUGGAGAUUUUUAAGUUCCCGAAGCCUUUUGGACCAUAGAACGCUUCAUGUCAUAACGUUUUUAAAAUCACAUUAAUGAGAAAAGAAGAGAGAGAGAGAGAGAGAGAGAGAGAGAGAGAGACCAUUAAGGCUUAUUCUGAUUAUGACAAGACCGUCAAAGCUUACAGAUUCUAGUUUAAAGUUUUUGAAAUUUACAGUUUGCGAACGCGCAUGUGCCACUUUGUCACAAAAUAAGUACAACAAUUUAAUUUGUGGAUUUAAAGGCUAAUAAUAACAAUAAUAUAGGCUAAUAAUAGGCUAGUAGCAGUGGCGAUAAUAAUAAUAAUAAUAAAUAUUAUGUUAAAUGUAAAUAAAAUAAACUGGUUAUUUUUUAAUCAAUCGCUCUACCGUUAUUCAUUUAGGUCUUUAGCAAAUCAAAGAUUUUAUGUACUACUGCUUUAUCAAAUAAACAAAUGAUGUAUUAUUGAAAUGCUGUAAAUAAUAAUGCAAGUAAUGGGUAUGUAGGCUAUUUCGAAUUAGCCUACAUUUAAUAGCCUAUUGAUAUUUUGUGGAAUGUAGGACCCAUAGGCCUAAAUAUUAUUAUUAUUAUUAUUAUUAUUAUUAUUAUUAUUAUUAUUAUUAUUUGUUUUUUUUUUUUUUUGUUUUUUUGACUGCCAUAGAUCUCUUGUGCGCUUUGCCAUAAUUCAUUCAGUAAAUACACCUGCUUGGCAUUUUCAUCUAAACGCAACUGGAUUGGCCGAAUCGACAAAAAUGUAUUUUUUUAAUAUUUCGACGUUCUUUUAUAAACAGUUAAACAGCAGCGGAAAUCGCUUACACUUUGUCUGUAUAGGCUACAUCUUAACAAAUAGAGGCGUUCGUGCAAAGUGUAGGCUAAAGUUCAAUUAUUCCAAUAUGUAAAAAAUAAAAUACAAUAAAAACGCGCCUACAUAACGGUUUAACGGUGAUAUGUGUAUCUGUGCAAUUAUUUACAUUUAAGACUUUUUCCCCCUCAAGGGCUAUUCUAAUCAUGCGUCCUGCGCUCUUUUCGGGUCACUUGCUCAACUACAAAUGGAGCAUUGCGCUGCCUCCUUCCUGUCAAAUUAAUUCAAGGCGCUUCCACUGUUAACCUGUGCAUUCAACCACUGAUGAAAGCAUGCAUUUGAUUUGACAAUACGCCUUAUUCUCCUGUUCAAACAUCUGAAGCAUAUUUGUCUAGUAUUAAUACAUGAAAAAGUUUGAAGAUGGAUUAAAAAAUAAAUAAAUAAAUAAAUAACUGGUCAAGAUAGGCCGUUUUUUUCCUAGAUGCAGUAUUUGACCCACUAAAAUGUGUUGACUUCCCUAUGCUUUUUUUUUCUUCUUCUUUCAAAUAAUUCAGAUUGUUCAGUAUAACAAGAUCAUCUUCCGUAGUGUUUUAAAAUGAGUUUUUGUGUUAAGCCUUUUUCUGUCAUUCCAUGCUUGUUUUAGCUUUAUAUAUGUCGCACGACCAAACAUUUGGUCGUCAGUAUUUCUCAACCCGAACUGUCAUCUGGUGGUGAACAAACAUAAUUAGCAAAACAUUGUUUAACUAUUUACUGCAGUGAUGAAAACACUGUAAAUUGAGAUAAGCUAAAAUAAUAUGAAUUUUUGCGAUUAUUCUCAGUGGUAGCCUGUGUAUGUAUAUUAGUCAACUUUGAUAUAGGCAAAUAAUUAAAAGCGAGAAGCUUUGAAGCGGUGUACAUUU